GAAGGCCAAGACAGACAGAGAGAGAGACAUUCGCUGCCUUCUAUAAAUGACUCAAUAUUUACUAAUCAGCAACGUUGUCUGUUCUCAGAUGUUUUCCAGUAAGGGAUUUAUUCCCCCAGGAUUUAUAUUUGCCCUGAACGUCACGUAUCGCAGACAUGCUUGUGUUAUUACAGAGCAGGAGAGUGUAAAGAUAACCUGUGUUACUCCCUAUAUUUAAGGAGCCACGCACUUCCCCGUACCUAAACAAUUUGUGCAUUGGCCUCUCGUAGGCCAGGCAGGAGAGAUGCCAAAUUCUUUUUCUAGGGGAAAGAAUGCAAACUGCGAUUAUUUCGAAGCCGGCAAUAAAAGAAACUUUCCUUCGUUAGUUCACGAAAGAGAGCAUUCGUCAGUAUAUAUAUAUAGGUGCACGCUUUUAAAUCGGUGGCUGUAUUUAUGGAGGCAGUUGUAAGGGCGGAGGAGUGUUGCCAGAGAGCGGCCGGGUGUGUAGUGUGAGGGCGGGUGUGGGUGUAGGGGUGAGGUCACCAGUGUGUGUGGUGGUGUCGGGGAUCUGCAGCAACCUUCACCAGCAGCCAGCAUAUCCCAGCUGCAGCAGGAGCCGCUGUAGCGAGCAGGGCAGCAGUCGCGCAGGUUGGGGGAGGCAGGAGUGUGUGUGUGUGAGCCACAGCUGCCGCCUGUCCAACCGGGGUUAUUUUUACACUUGAUGGCCUGAUAAUUUUGGCAAGGGUUUGCGUGGAGGAGAGCGGCGCACAGCACCAGUCUGGGUUGUGGUGAGCAAGGAAUGGGUGGGCAGGAGGCUGUGUGUGGCGCUCCCGCCCUCUAAGCUGUGUACUCAGUAGUGGCAGUACCCGUGGUAGUGGUUGUCCAGGCACAGUGGUCGGCCGGGUGGUCAGCCUCUCGUAAUUUAAGUGGUGCCCCAAGUGGCCCGUGUUUUUGGCCUGUUGGCCGUGUUAUAUUUAAGGCCACUUGUGAGGGCGGCGCCGGCGGGGCCCCCAGUGUCCUGACGACAUAUAGUGUGCCUGCAGUAGCAGCAGCCCUUGGCACGCCCUACAGCACUGGACCCUCCCCUGCGGCCACCCUCUGUAUGAUGCACCUGUGGCCACCACCAUCGCCGCCACACCCACCCACUGUAUAGGCGACCAUGUGGGCGGGUGAUCGUGGGCGUGUGGGGCAGCGAUGUUGAGUUGGCGGCCCGCCCGUGAGAAGGGGUAGUCACCCUUUCACACGCCCACCUUUCCUAAUACUGGAGUCUUCUUGCUACGCCCGCUAAACCGUCAAGAUGGUGGUGUCAGAGGGAGCCAUCAACAACAUCAUGGGUGGGAUGGAGAACACGGCCGGGGUUCGACUCCAUUCCCACCGCCACAAGCUCAAACAAAGAUUUGACAUCAUACGGAAGCUGGGCCAGGGAACAUACGGCAAAGUGCAGUUGGCAGUAAAUAAAGAAACUGGACAAGAGGUUGCAAUCAAGACUAUCAAGAAGGCAAAAAUUGAGACAGAACAGGAUCUCAUACGUAUUCGGAGAGAGAUUCAGAUUAUGUCGUCAGUCCAGCACCCUCAGAUCAUCCAUAUAUACGAAGUGUUUGAAAACCGGGAAAAAAUGGUACUGGUGAUGGAAUAUGCAGCAGGUGGGGAACUGUAUGACUAUCUCAGUGAACGCAAGGUGCUGUCGGAAGAUGAGGCUCGGAGAGUAUUUCGUCAUGUUGCUUCGGCAACAUAUUAUUGCCACAAGCACAAAAUCUGCCACAGAGAUCUCAAAUUAGAAAAUAUUUUAUUGGACUUAGAUGGUAAUGCUAAGAUUGCAGACUUUGGUCUUUCAAAUGUCUUCGAUGAGAAACACCGUUUGGAUACAUUUUGUGGCUCUCCUCUGUAUGCUUCUCCCGAGAUUGUGAAAGGCAUUCCCUACACAGGACCCGAGGUUGACUGUUGGUCACUGGGAGUUUUGUUAUAUACACUGGUGUAUGGUGCUAUGCCAUUUGAUGGCUCAAAUUUCAAGCGCCUGGUCAAGCAAAUUACCCAAGGAGACUACUACGAACCUAAGAAACCCUCUCGUGCCUCCGACUUGAUCCGACAAAUGCUCACUGUGUCAGCUACUAAACGAGCCACAAUUGAAGACAUUUGUAAUCACUGGUGGGUCAAUGAAGGCUUUUCAGAACAUUGUUUGGAGGUGGCCGAGGCCUUGGCCAACCAAACACCCGUCCGCCUUGAUCUGCUGCUGUCACUCGCGCCCAAGCACAUCAAUUCAGAGCACAUGCUUAUUCAACCGGAUGAUGAUGACAGUACCAGAUCGCCGCCUACCUCAGAGGUUACUCGACCACCCCCUCAACUCCAGUUGCCUCCUCCACCACCACCUGAUGCUCUUCCAGUUGUUCCGACACGCUCGGCUUCCCUCGGUGCAGUCACAUCUAUCAGUCGCAAUGAGAUUGAAGCUCUGCUGGCACAGAAAAUACGAGAAAAGAAGGAGAAGGAGAAGAAGAGAAAAGCCGACGAAUCUGGCACCAUGGAAAAGAAAAAGAAACGAGAGUGUGCUGUAGAGGGAACGCCCAAGCCAAGUCGAAAAGAACGAAAAGCUGACGUCGGCUCUCAUAGUGGAGAGUCGGGUAGUAGUCGAAGACCCCCAGCUAUACCAGAUGGCGAGUUGUCUGAGCGGAAGAAGAGUAUUAAAAAGCGAGAACCCAUAUCGGACCAGGAGACGUCACAAUAUGACAAAAGUGAGCGUUCUGAACAUAAAAAGAGUGUUAAAAAGCGUGAAUCUUUGGUAGAUGGUGAUAUUAGUGACUUAAGUGAAAAAUCUGAGAGGAGAAAAAGUGUGAAAAAGCGGGAACCUUCUAUUGUGAAAGAAAUUAGUGAAAGUGAGAGAACAGAAAGAAAGAAGAGUGUUAAAAAGAGAGAACCAACAGUUGAUAAAGAUAAUAGUGAAAGUGAGAGAACAGAAAGAAAGAAGAGUGUGAAAAAGAGAGAAUCUUCUGUGACUAGAGAAUCAAAUGACGAUAAAAUAGAGAAAAGAAAAAUUACCAAAAAGAAAGAGUUAUUAAAAGAAAAGACUUCUAGUACAACAGAUAGUGAAUCUGUUAUUGAACCUUCACCUGUGAUAAAUGGGGAAAAUCAUGAGUAUGACGAAGCUGAGACGGGUAAGUCUAGGGACAUACAGAUGGACACCUCUGAGGACCAGUUGCAAAGUCAAAGCCUGAAACCUUCCAUACCCAAGGACCAAUUUAUAGAGCAGGUACAGUCUUCUUUAUCUAAUGAUAUGGAAUUAAGUAGAAGUAAUAGUGCAAAGAAUGAAUGGAAAGGUAAUGCAUAUCAAGAGUCUGAUGAGGUAGAACCUAUGGAAACUGAACCAGUUACACCCACUCUUAUAUUCCCGGGGCCAACAAAAGUAUCAUCGAGCACAAGAUCUGUGGGAUCGUCUACUUCUAACGAUGUAACCCUCAAGGCCUCCGACUCUUCACUCUCUAGGGAGUCUGUUAGUCCAAUGAAGACCGAGACAAGGGUUACUCCCCAGCGUCAAGACUCUCCAAAGAAAUCUUCAUCGCCUAUUCAAACUCCAAAGGUGAGAAAAGUCAAAUCAAAGUCAUUAGUAAAAACAUGCUCUAAAAGCAAGGUUGAGACCAGGCCAGCAAAGGUAUCACCGACGAACAGUGAUGUUAGUAGAGUAGUUCCAUCGCCUGUUUCCAAGGUAGAUGAAACAGAAAAAGUUUUACAAGAAACAGCAGAUAAAAUUAAACGUUCAGAAGAGUCCAACAUUCCUGAUGCAGUAAAAGCAGGAUAUAAUGACUCUCAGGUCAAGGGAAGAGUAGGUGAAGUUAUUACGAGUAAAGAGAGCGAGUCGGUCGGUAAUCUUCAACGGAAAGAUGUAGAAUCGGCUGGUGAGUCAAUUUCUAGUAAAGAUGUUAGCCAGUCUUCGUCUAUGUUAUCAACUCCAGCUCGAAGUCGAGCUGGUUCCGAGUCAUCUACAGAAACUCGUCCGUCCCGUACAGACUCGGCAAAGAGACAGUCAAAGAUUUUCAAGGCAGCUGCCAUGUGGGAGAGCCAAAAUACUCCAUCCCAAUCCCCAGUUGAAAAACUCAAGAAACCAGUUAGAACUGGAGGAAAUGUCAUGUCUGAUCUUGCAAAGAAGUUUGAGGAAAAGCCAUUAGUUGAUCGCAAGAGUAAGGUGGUGCCCAGUUUUAAGGUGUCUGAUGCAAGAAAAGCCUUUGAAGCUAAACCAGCUGAAAAACCCACUGUCAUUUUACGGAAAAAAUCAACUGCAGAAUCUUUACCUUCUUCACCUACAAAUAAGGAUGGUCCUAAAAUACCCACUACUCAUUCUGGACCAAUAACUACUCGUGAUGUUAUUAGAGAUUCAACACCUUGUAAAGAAAUUACUUCAACAAAAUCUCAUAAAGGCAAAUCACCAGCAAAAGAGAAAUCUCCAGCCAAGGAUGCACCAGAAGAAAAAACUAAAAAGGAUGCUGAAAAAGAAAAGGUGCCUAAAAAGGUGAAAGAACCAUUUAGAAAGGAAAUGACAAAAUCACCAUCUCCAAAGCCAGCAACAACAGUUGAAGUAGCAGGCAAGGAUCCUGACGGUAAUAUUGCUACAAUAGACAAAAUAGAAAUGAAAAAGCGUGAUGAAUCUCCAAAGAAGGAAAUACUAGAGGAGAAUAAAAAGGCUCCUACAGUAGAGCAGCCAUAUAUUGAUACUGAUGACAAGUUAGUGUCUCCAAAGAUACUUACACACACCGUAGAAGUGAGCCCUCAUGACACUGUGACAAGAAGUGAAGAGGAAAAGGCAGUUGUAAUUGGUGGACUUAAUGUAAAACUUGGUGGUGUUGGAACAAUUUCCGAAGUUGGAACAAAGCAAGAAGUUCGCAAGACAGAGUCUUCUGAUUCUUCUGAUUCCGAGUCUGAAGCAGAGAAACUCCUCAAAUUGGUAUCAGAGAAGAGAGAGAAGGUGGAGGCUGCAAAGCAAGAGAAGUUGCGUAAAGUAUCACAAGCUAAGGACAGGGAACUCAGAAAGGAUAUGCCAAUUAUCAGUGAAGAAGCACAAUCCAAAUUAUCACCACCACCACCACCUGUAAAGACUGUCAAGGUUUCGCCGCCAGAAGUACGAGAUUCUGCACCGGAGCAAAAGUUUGCUACACUUCCACGGGGGUUCAAGGCCAAAACAUCUCGACCAGCUGCUGCAGUCACCACACCCGCUCCUUUGCCUCUUGCAGAAAAAAUAAGAAAGGAUGACAAGAAAGAUAAGGCCAUCAAUCAAGAAAUUGAAGGAAUGAUGUCUGCCAUAAAGGCUGUGGAUCAGGCCAUUACAAAGGAAGAGCAGGAAAUAAAGAUGCUUCGCGAUUCCUUGGCUCGUAACCUUCCUGAAAAUAUCGAGGAAGAGCACGGCACGGCUCACGAGUGCCCGCUCUCGCCAAUUGCUGAACAACGACCAGUAAGCAAGGAGAUCCAUGCCAUCCCACCACAAGAAGUUCUUGGAUCAUCACAUGAAGAUAUAUCAGUUAAUACCACUACUCUGGGCACUUUUGAACAGCAGGGGACGGCUGAGACCAACCUGAAUUCACAAGAAGCUAAGGAUGCUGAACGCAAAAAGACCAAACUAGAAAUUGUUCUCAAUAACAAGAAACCCGAUGUGCCGGAGCCAGACCUAGCUAACAAGAGAGCAUCAUACGCUGAAAUCAAGUUGACUUCUCCUCCUACCUCAAAGGACACUCCCAAAACUCAGGAGUAUAGAUCAGAAGUUCGUCACAAUGUCGGGUGCGUGCACGGAUUGGGAGAUUCUCAUCUGCAAAGAGCAAAGAGAGAGCGUAUCAUUCCCAUCAUGCUGGAAGAUGAUGAUGAUGAUGACGAUGAUGAUCUUACCACAAGUGAAAGUCUUCCCCAUAAUGAUAGGCCUGUAGGUCCCUCAUCCUCUACAGGAUCAAGGGUUACAUCACCACAGCCUUUCCAGCUUCCCAACAGAUGUACCUCUGACCCACGAUCACCCUUAUAUAAUCCCUCACCCGAACCAAUAAGAAAAUCUCGUCGAGAACGAAUUAUUCCCAUAGCAGUUGAGGGAGAAGGCAUUGUUACGCCUCCGCCUCACAUAGAAGAAGCAGCAGAACUCGGAGCAGCACGAGCACAUCAAGCAUUUUCACGCACACUGUCUUCCAGACCCAGUGCCCUUAACAGUGGGAUGACGGAAGGUGAGGGAGAAAGCGACACACUGUCGCCUACAGGUACUGUGUCGUGCCCACCACUACCACGUAGAGCUCCUACUGAUCUGGCAACAGUGCCCAUGUGGCAGCGACGGCUCUCUCACACUAACAGCAGAGGACGAGCAUUCCUGUUAGAUCACAGUGAAAGCUUCAGUUCAGCGGGAGAGGAAGAAGAGGAGGAUGAAGAUGAUGGUUUCCAAAUUCUCACAGCCGAAUCCUUAUUUUCAACGUUACUCAACCGAGUUCGUUCACUAACUCGUAAGAUGAACGCCGAUGAAAUCAGAACUGAAAGGAGUCGGCGAUCAUCAAAUCGACCUACUCCAGAACCUAACAUGGCCCCAAGUAGUGCCGGGAUUGGAGCAGCACACUCUGCUUCCUCAGGGUUUUGGUCAUCUCUCUACAAUUCACCACGGGAUUCUCCUGCCAGGAGGAUCUCCGAGACUAUGUCGCGUAGUAGCCUUGGGCGGGAUGAUGACACACUAGGGGGACUCAGCUCUCCGAUAUGGACCCGCAGUGUUUCCCGAGACACCUCUGAUGCCGAUACACUGUUCUCAGAAUCUUCAACUCCAUUUGGUACAUUGCCGAGAGGAUGGCGAGCAUCUCGGUGGUCAGGUGCUGAAGAUGGAGGAGAGUCCGAUACAUCUGAAGCUUCAGCUCGCUCACUUAGUCGCCGGCCACAGUAUUCCCGUGCACCUUCAAGAGAACUACACAACAUUCCAGAUGAAGAACUGGGAAUGACAGGCAGCAGAGGGUGCCCAGGAGGUGGCAUGUCACUUCCUCGUCCAUAUCCUGCUAGUAGCAGUGGAAAUCUACCUCAAAGCAGAGGCAUGCAUGACUCAGCAGAUCGGAUAGCAGCAAUGUAUGGAACACUGCGGAGUCCACAUCGUCGCCCCCACUCAACUGUGGGUGGCCCGCCGGGGGAAUGUAUUGGGAGGGAUGGUGGGCUCUAUGAGCAGCAAUUACAAAGAUCAGCACCUCCAAGUGCUGCUGCUCAUAUUAGUGCGCAGAAAGACCUACGCACAUCACAACUCUCCCCUAGCGGUCAGGGUCAGCAGUCAUCCGAGGAAACUGAAGCUCUCAAGCAAAGUGUACAAGAACAACUGAAACAGCUUGUUAGAGAGCUUGAAGCUGGAGAUGACCAAACCUCUGAGGUGUGCAAGCCACCAGAGCAACAACUCAAUGGCAUUAAUCCUCAGUAUAAUACACUUUCUUCAACUCAUGCAUCACCAGUCCAUUUUUCUGGCACACCAAAAAAUUCAUCAUUAACACACAUUUACUCCCCAAGCAGAAACAUGUACUCGCCUAGUAAGCCAAUGUACUCUUCUAAUCCAGCACUUCACAUCACUUGCACACCAAUUCAAUCAUCUUCACCACAAACACACUCUGAGGCUACUACUGGCUACCAGGGAACACCUUCAGUCCUAAACAACAAUCCAUGUACAAAUAAUGAACAAAUGAUGAAACUUGGUAAAAACAUGGGAAUAAUAAAUGAUGAUAAUUCAGCAAAUAAUGUGGUCUUAAAUAAUGCAAGACUAACAAGCAAGGAUAAUAAUAUAUCGCCAAUCUGCACUACUAUAGUCACUGCAGCAAUAAAUUCCACGCAACCAAACAAUACAUCCACAAGUAAUAUUCCGAUGCUUAGCACCGACGCCAGUGCCUCUGACCGCAAGAACCGUGCAUUUUCCAUCCAUCCAACCCCCAGCGAUCAUGUUGGUUAUAACACUAUUUUGGAUAUCUGUAGAGAUGGAGCUAUUAGCCCUUCGAACAGUGAUGGUGCCCCAGCUGGUAGUGGAAUUCGAAGAGCUCUAUCCUCUAAAGAAGAGUGGUUAAAAUCUGGCAAUGCAGUUAUUAAAAAUGCUGAUAAUUCUGCUUUGGAGGCCUAUAGACGAUCUCAGGAAAAGGGUGAUACAGAUGCAUGUGAACACCACGUCGGUAAAUCGGAAGACCCUUGUCAGUCUGCUGCUAACAAUUUAACACAACCUGAAUGUUCAGAUAGUAAAAAUGUACCUGCUCGUGCUCCCUUUGACACCCACCAGUCACUAAAUGUAAGAACUACUGCAGUGGCACCUAGUACAAAGUUAUUGGGUAAUGACAUAAAGUGUGUUAAUACAGUUAAUGAUGACAUAGAAAAUCAAAUUGUUUAUUCCAACAAUAAAAAUAAUCAAAAUAAUAAUGAUGAAAAUUAUAUUGCUAAUGAAUUAGGUGUAAUAAAUAAUAACUUGACGUCAAGUAAUAUCAACCCUAAGGCAAACACUACAUCUAAGUCAAAUAGCAGCCAUACAAAUAAUGCACAAAACAGCAGUAGUAUUGUAAUUAGUCGAUCAAGCAGUGGUAUUCCUGUAAAAAGCAAGAGCCGAAGCAGCAUUAGUACUCGCAGCAGCUACAGUGGAAACACCACCGGCAGUACAAGCACUAAAGUUACACCUGACUUACUGCACCCAAAAACGUACCAGAAAAGUAAGUCAAGAGAACUGACGCCAGCUAUUGAAGCUGCCGGGGAGAAAUUUAAUCAACUUAAUUCGGGUACACUGAAGCGUAUAUCACCCUUUGAAGCUUACCGACGUACCAAAUCCCGAGAAUUACCUCUAGACACAGCCAACCAAGAUCCUCCACCUGUAAGAUUAAAAUCUCCACCUCCAACUUCUCUUGACCGUGCAAAGUCACCAUUUGAAAAAGCAAAAACAUCUAUUGAGAAGAAAUUUGAGCAUACAAAAUCAUCAGCAGUAGAAAAGGCUGCAAAUCCUGUUCCCAUAACACCUAACAUAAAUCGAUCGUCAGUAAUUACCGUAAAAGAGAAAGAAAAUGGAAAGGUUGAAGAAGCUGUCAUACACGACAAACAAAAGGAGACUGACUUGAGCAACCACAAUAAUAAAAGCAAGAAAAAAGUAAAUGAGGCAGAAAAGGAGAUGGAAACUGAAAAAUCUAAAGACCAAGGUAAAGAAAAGGACAAUGACAAGUAUAAAGCCAAAGUUAAGAAGACUUCCUCUUGUGAUCCAGAAAAACCUAAAUCAAUGUAUAAAUUACUGGCAUCACGUUUUAAUCGGUCUGGUUCAAAUGUUUCUGACAGCACUCGGUUGCCAGCAGAUAAACGACAUGACGACGAUGAUGCAAGUGAAAAAGAAGAAAAAUUCCGACUGAAAAGACCAUCAAGGUUUUUAAAGCAUAAAACUGAAAAGAGCGCAUCUAAAUCUAGUGUCUGUGAUGGAGAAGGGGCUUUAGAUGAUUCUGACCGACCAGAGAGAAAGCCCUCCAAGAAACUAACAGAUGCACUCAACAAAUUUUUAGGGCGUAAAGAUUCAAAAGAGGAAUCUAAAACAUCUCUUAAUACAAUGUCUCAACCCUCAAUACCUACAGCAAAUGUUGAAGAACAGCCUAAGAAACCACCUCGUGUGAAACCCAAGAAAUUUUCAAAGAGCCAAGAAAAUCUGUGCCUGAGUCGUGUAGAGGAGGGAGGUGAAACAGGGACAGGAUCCCCUCUCACAGAGCGUGCACAGAGUGUCGUUCCAGAUAAUUUUGCAAAUAAUUUGCAACCUGGUUAUACUUUGGAAUCUGUUACAAAGAGUAUCUGUGACCAUCUUUCUCAGCUUGAAAGUGAUAUUACUUCACGCAUUGGAAAUAUGGGUGUUCAGGAACCUGGGGUUGGGGUGAGACCUGAUGGGAGCUCUCGAGUAAUUCCUACAGUUUCAUCUAUUGGUUCAAUUACUACCUAUGGAUUGUCGCCUGCUCUGGCAAGUCGCAGAAGUGCUCGUCCUACUAAUCUUGAUUUAGCUGCUUCAAAUAUAGAAAAUCACCAAACCCCUAAGCCUCCGACUCAGAAAGCAGAAGACAACACAACAGUUACUAAUCACAUUCCCAGUAAUGAAAGUGAGGGAGUCAAGUAUGCUCAGAUCAAAAGACUGGCUGGUAGUGGGAACACUGGUCAUUUAGAAAAUGGGUGUCAAACUUUAACAAAUUCAGAAUCUACCACAACAGGAACCGAGGAUAUGCGAGGACACAUUGAAAGUGAAGAUGAAAGUGUCAUGGAUAGAAUCACACGUAAGAGUUAUUAUUCAAAGUUUCAGGACAAGAAGAAACCAAAAUUGCGUCGAGCAAACACAAAGGAAGAUAUGGACCAACAAUUAGCAGCAGCAAAGGCUCGCCUCAUGAAAGAAGAUACCGAGCGUGCGGUACGAGAGUCCCUCACCCCAAUGCGGUAUUCCUCGCCAGUUACUUCUCCAAGAACUUCUGUUACCUCUCCUCCUUCCUGGGAAAGUUCUCGUCGACAUUCUCGAAAAUCACUACCACCAGAAGAAGGUAUCUUCCUGUUAGGUGGACGACGGGGCACAUCUCUGCAGCCUGAUGAUCUUCCUGGCAUAAGACGGUUCACAUCCAUUCAACCAGAUGAAAUGCAAAGUAUCCGCCGAUUACCGUCAUUGCCCCCAGAGGACCGUUUUUACCCCCAACGUGCACCUUCAAUGCCUCCGGAAGAUUAUUCAUUACGUCAUCGCACAAAAUCCAUUCCACCUGAAGAUCGUUCUUAUAUGUAUCGAGCGUCUUCUAUACCCUCAAAUGAUUAUUCAUCUACAGUCCACAUGAAACCCAUUCCACCUAGUAACCCUAAAGUUCACCCAUCCAGUCCAGUAAAUGUUAAUGAAUUAGGUGAAGAACGAGUGCAAGAUGCUGUAGCAGCUGCAGCAGCAGCAGGUGCACUAGCUGGAGAAGCAGCAGCUGUUGUAGCAACUGCUGAUGGUAUUACAGAGAGGGAAAUGAGCAAAUCACGUGAACCUUCAGUAAGUCGCCUCCGAAGCCCCGAUCCUGCAAAUUGCUCAACUCCUACCCGGGAUGACACGCGCAACCUUGCUCGAGAAGAACUAUCUCGUCGCCUUACUCAUCUUACACGCAUAUCUGGCACCAGUGGAUUAUCUGGCUGGAACCGAGGAGGUUUAGCUGGAGGGGGUAACACUGGUGACAUAGGUGAAAAGCGACUUUAUCGUCGCACCAACACCACUGGCCAUCUGGGAGAAUCACUAACAGGGUUUUCACAAGCGGGCAUAAACCCUGGAAUUACUGCGAGACCCGUAUACCGACGUACCAAUACAAUGGACCUGCCACCAGCAGAUGCUCGAGCUCGACCUGGUAGUGAGUACCGGCGACAGCUACAAGACCCCACUCGCCGCUUCUCAGCUGCAAGCUCGGGCAGAUGUGGAGAGAAAGGAAGAUUCAUUAUUCACGAGACACUGAUGGAGGAGGAGGAUCCGACCACACCCUCAAGUCGGACAGCUUCCCGCCUCAUCUCUCCGUCACUCGGCUCAUCAACGUCCCGCUACAAUUACUCAACUUUGGACCCUCCGCGCUACCCUUCCACCAUCUCACCACUCACUCGCAGAACAUCAUUAUACCGAUACUGAAUUAAACAUGUCAGACUUUCAGUAUAUAAUAUUAGUAUCAGGGAAUUAUCUAAAACUGUUUUUGUUUGAAAUAAAGUCCAGUACUUUAUAAAAAUAAUUGGAAGUUUUUUGUAUUCAUAUCUUUAUAAAGUGAAUAUAAAUGUAAAUAUUUUGAUAUUUUCAUGAAAUUAGAUGUAAAUCUUAUGUCCAUUAUUAGGCUAAGGUCAAACAUUGCAUGACUAGUGCCAGUCACUCAAGGAUAAUCCUUCAAAAAUGAUCAAGAACAAUAUGUCAAAUCAAUUCACAGAGGAUUUCAAACCAUGGACCACAGUACUGUACAGUCUUAUGGAGCCCUUUCAAAUCCUCUGCAAUCCAUUUUACAAACAUUUACUCUGAUAUAUCAUUCAAUGUCGUUUUGAAUAAGGGUUCAAUAUUGAACCCUUAUUCAAAAUGCUUUCUCAGGAUUACAAGCUAUUGCAUAAGGCUGCAAGAAUUGUGAUACUCAUACAGCACUUUGAUGUAUAGUGAUGAGUCAUUUAAAUCAUAGGGGGCACAUUUAAGGGUUUAAUUUCUUAUGACAAUUGUAUUUAAUCUUAAACCAUUUGCCGAGGCUCUACUGCAAGGAGAGGUCUUGUGCGUUAUACCGUAACUCCGUCAUAAUACAUUAUUCUCAAAUCAAGACAACAUACGCUAUUAUUUUCAAAUACAGUAUUACAAAUAAUCUUCCCGGCUUGGUAACCUCUUUGAUAAUCACUUACUUUCUAAUAUUACAAAAUUAUGCCAUAUUAACAAAUAAAAUAAUAAGUCAAUAACAUCAAUACAAUUUCCCUGCAAAACAAAAAUUCCUUUAGUUUGUAGACUUCUUACAGUUAACCACAUCUCGUUAAAUACGAUCUGAAAUAAAAUGUAAUUAUGCAGGCAGUCACAAUAAAAUUGCUGAAGAUACGAUGACCACACCACACAUCGGAAAAUCUCUCUUCCACACUCUAUUAUAGGACUUGAUAAUGGUCCAGAACAGACCGAAACAUUGUCGUUUCUCCAUUUCUUGAUGUGUUGUUUGUUCAUCAUAAAAUGUAAUUAUACCUGCAAUGUUCAUUGCAUUAAUAUUUUAUGACAAGCAAAUGAGAAUAUUUUGCCUGCACAUAGAAGCUUUUCAGACACAAGGAAGCCACAGCUCCACUCAGUAGAGUAAGCCUGAGGAUCUCUCGAGGCCACAAAUUGAACGGAUUUCAGCAGUUUCCUCCGAAGUUAAUUAAUGGCUCGUCUCUAUGAAGUUGAGACGAGCUAUUCAAGUAUUCUGCAGGUGUGUUGGAUUUGACAUUUAUGUCUUUCCACACGCAAGUUACCAUUUAUGUUCUUCCUUGGCUCAACCAUAGGAAUUGAUGACAACUGGUACAAUUUGGGUAUUUUUUGUUUUUAAAAGGAGGGUUGAUUGGGGGCUAAUCUUUAACUAUUUGUCCAUAAUCACCCAGCAAUAACUGGGAGCCUGGUUGUAAGCCAAUUGGCAGGUCAUGUCCCAGGAAAAAAUAGUUGGCAAGGUUCAAGAUGAGCAAUGAGAAGGGAAUGUUCUUAAGACUAUUAACAAAAGUCGGAAGACAUUUUCUCCUGUACCCACCCGUGUAAAAAAGAAUACAGUACAGUACUUCUAUUUUUAUUUAGAAUUAGGGACAAAAAUGAUCACACAUGUAUCACUUUUUUAGCUUUGUUAUAGAUUAUUGCACAUUAUCUAACAAGGAAUAGCAAAUGGUAACUAAGAUGUGCAGAAUCCUUUUGCUGCGUGUGCUCUUAAAUAAAUCACAUGUAGAGAAACUUUCACAUUUGAUAUUGACACUUGGCUAUUGUUAUAGCUUUGCUUGAAAAUAAUUAUUUAACAACACUUAACUCGAGGAAACCAAUUUCCGAAACCAUCCUCCGUGAAACCCAAGGCAGACCUAUUUAUAUCUUGCAGCCGUUCCUCGGGAGCAGCCAGCAGGAGAUGUCCCUCGUAAUCCCCGCUGUGCCCAAGAAACAUACAGCACACCUGUAUAGCUUAGGACACAGGUAUUAAUUACCUAAUAUACUCAGGAAUAUUCACUUAUUACUCAGGAUGCUUUAUUUACAUGAAUAAACUCGUACACCCCUUGAAGCAUAAUUAGUAGUUUUUACUUCAGGUAUACAUAGGAUCUGAAUACACACAAACUUAAUUAUCACUCUAGAUAGAGAUCAAAGUCUUAUGAUCUGGCCUUAUUAAUAGUUCCGAUAACUCUUUCUUAAAAAAAUCAAAACAUAAUAAUUGAGCACAUGCACACAUCCUGCAGUAAAUAAUUUGCACUACUAAACAUAUGCUUUUGUAUACAGUACUACAUAUACACACACACAUCCUGCAAUAUAAUUGAUUUUUUAAACUAUUAUGGCAAGCAAAUAUGAACCUUGCCAAGCCCUUGCUUGCAGUGAUACUCGGUUUCCUAUCACUAAACGACCACAACCCUAGUUGCUCCUCAAUUAGGUGAAGCUGUACAGACUCUUAACAAUGGACUCAAAUUGGGCAAGCUUGAUUUGGAAGGGAUAUACAGAAGAAUUGAAGCAAUAGAGAUGUGGGCGUAUUUUCAGGUUUAACCCUUAAACUGCUUAACUAUUUAAAGUCAUACAUCCAGGUGCAAAUGGAAAAAAAAAAGGUAUUGAAAAGCUUUGAGGAUCAAUUGCAUAUGGCAAUAUGAGCAGUGUAUGUUUUAAAAACUGGUUGAAUACCUUUCCUUGAGGUGUUUUUCGGGGCUUAGCGUCCCCACGUCCCAGUCGUCAACCAGGCCUCCACCAGAUAAACAAUUAAUAAAGGUCUAGUGUAAGAAAGUUCUGCAUCACAUGGGCGUAUAGGCCUACUGCUCUGUCUUAUUUUCCAUAUGAUUCCAUUGGUGUAUUAAAUCUGUAUUUAGAGGUUAAUUAGAAAGCUUAUUUGUAAUCAAACAUGAUAUUCUAUCCAAAUCUUUGAAAAGAAAAUUAAAUAUUAAUGAUGCCAUGAAAUUUGAAACUUAAAUUUUAUGUUUGGGUUACAUACAUAAAUACUGUACUGUACUAUGGAGUACUACCCAUUCUUUAUACUCUAUUCUACAUUUCUUCAUGCAAAACAAAAACAUUGUAAGACACUAGUAUAAUUAUGAUAGUUAAACUUUUUAAACAAAAUUUUAAAAAUAUUUUCAACUUACAUUUCAAAUUGAUGUCUUAACAAAUCAUACAAUGACUUUCAUCAAUGCAAACUAAAUACAGUAUUCAAAACUUCAUAUAAAAUAUAAUUGACACAUUUUACUCAAAACUAAGAUUUUUGCUUCAAACUAAUAUGAACAGCUUGAUCUAUCAGAUCUACUUGUCUAUUUUUAUUUUUAUUCAUCUUUCACAGUUUAGCACUGGUAUGUUAACCAUCCGUUUUCUUCCACAUAAUUAACAAAAACCGAUAAAUAUAUACCUGUACUUAUAAAGAUAAUAAUUCCGAGAUGCUUACCACAAACACAGUGAUAUUGUUAGCUGGAUGUAUGAAUUACCCCUUGGGCAUGUAGUCGUUCACAUACACAAUGACAAUACAGUACAUACAUUCACCAGACACGUACACAGUGACAAUACAGUACAUACAUGCACCCGACACGUACACAACAACAAUACAGUCCAUACAUGCACUAGACACGUACACAACGACAAUACAGUACAUACAUGCACCAGACACGUACACAACGACAAUACAGUACAUACAUGCACCAGACACCACAUACUGGUCAGCUAUCCAUAUUCAAGCUCAUAAUACAUUGGUUCUCUUAUGACAACAUAUUUCACAUUACUGUAUAUAAAUACCUUUUUUUUAAAUUAUUAUAACUUCUAAACUAUUAACAUCAAAAUAUGUCAUACAAACAAAUCUGGAUGCAAUCUUGGAUACAUAAUAUUCUGAACAUGGUUAAUAAGGGGAGUAUGGACGAGCUCUGUUUCCGGUAGAAAUAAUUGCUGUACAUAUUGAAACGUAAAGAAAGUUAAAAUAUUUAACAUUUGGGUAUUUUUUUUAGAGCUUCUAACUGAUGUGGUGGAAUAGCAGCAAGCAUUCAUUAUAACCUUGAGAGACUAAUAAGCAAGGCUAUAUUCGUCAAGGUUUAGUCUGCUUCUCACCCGGUUUGAGUCUGUGUCCAUACCUCUAUGUGUAUGUAUAUAUUAUAUAUAUUUGUGGGAAUAACCAACCUUAUUUUGUAUUAUCUGUCCUGUAUUUCCUAGAUAAAGUGAUUGUUAAUGUCCACAAUUAUUUAUUUUACUCGUUUACCAAUGGAUAUUUUAAUGCUACUGUGAUUUUAGACUGUACAGCAUUUAGUUUUUCUAUAAGCAUAACGUGAGUAAGGUAGUUUCUAGUAUUUUAUCAAACUAUUUUAAGACUGAACACUAUUUUUUACACCCCAUACAAUGUCAGUAGUGUGUGCAGUGCUCACGAAGUCAAACUGACAUUUUUCACUAGAAAGGAGUGCCAGAUAGUAGUUACCUUUGUUCACAGAGGCAUAAAGCAGGGCCACACUCGAGACACACUAAUACUGUAUACAAUAUGUAACUGUGCAUAAAUGUGUACAUACAUACAUGCAUCCCCCCCUUCCAAACCUGCGACUAGUACAGAGGUUGUCCCUAACACCACUAGUGCUCUUUCCUACCUGCUAGCUGGGAGGAGAGCACCUGAUGCAUCACCCAGGUUGUUGAUAAUCUUGUUUAUCCGAGCGUGUUUAUCGAAGAAAAUCUAUUGGUCAAGUGCUCAUGACUGGCUCUUUCUGUGUUUCUUAUGUAAACAAUAAAGAUUAAGAAUACUAUAUUA